AGGUUAGGGUUUCGAGUUUGGCGGCGCGGUUGAUUCGUUCGUUUUCGGUGCGUUGUUUGGAAGUGUUGUUGUUUCCAAAUCUUCGGCACGAAUACUUUUCUUGUGUUUCGAGGUCGUCGAAAUCAUCUUCAGCAAACAUGAGUAACAAAGCGCAUCCCCCAGAAUUGAAGAAGUACAUGGACAAGAAGCUAUCACUGAAGCUGAAUGGAGGACGACAUGUCAUUGGAUUUCUCAGAGGGUUUGAUCCCUUUAUGAACUUUGUUGUGGAUGAAACAGUUGAAGUCUGCAAAGAUGGCUCUAGAAAAGAUAUUGGCAUGGUGGUCAUCCGAGGAAAUAGUAUCAUCAUGCUGGAAUCACUAGAUAGGAUAUAGUUUCUUUACCACUAUAAUGUACAUAUGAUGCCUGUCCUUUUUUUUCCAUUUUUUUUUUUUUUCCUCUGUAAUCCUUGGAGUUUGUGUCUUAGCCCAGUCAUUCCUCUGUAUUUGUUAAGAAAACAUUUGGUUCACAUUUUUCUUGCUUGAACGCCAGGAUAUGGAUUACAAUGUGUUGGGUUCUGUGGGCUAUUUAUCAAUCAAGAGUAGUUCUCGAGUUAAAAUUAAUUUUACUUUGCUUCUAUGAAGCUGUCUUAGUUCUAUUUCAUGUUCACCACCCCUGCUGUGUAUUUUGAUAAAUGUCUUAAUGUGUCCAAAUCUAUCAUUAUUUCCACAAUAAUAACAUCAAUUUAAUAGA